AUGUCCAUUUCCUCGGGUCAACCUCGAAACUUUUCUCCCCAUCUCACUCUUCAACCUCUCACUUUUGUCCCCUGGCCACCAGGUCAAGAGACAGGUACUGUCCGAUGGACAUGGCCUUCUUGUCCAUACAACAGAAUCCGAACUUACGGUACGUCCAUCCAAGAACUCCGAACUUCCGCUUGGUGGUCAAAAGAGAAAACGCAGUUAUCAUCAUCGGUUUCAGAAGAAGAUUUAGCUUCGUAUUGGAAUGGAAAGGUGGUCGAGAGGGAUGUGAAAUUACCUGAGAGUCUUGUAUCUGCAAGGGUAAAUACGGAUGAUGAAGAGAAUCAAUUAUUUGGUGAUACUGCUUUAACGUGUUAUACUUCUCAAGGAAGGGAAGUUUUGGUUGUCCAAAAGAAAGAUAAUACGCUUUUGGCUAGGAUUAUCGAUGGGGAUGAAGGUUGGAUACCGGCUAAAUUGCGUUGGGUCGAAUUGCAGAAUAUCGUUCUGAACGAUGUCAAAGCGAGGAAUGAAGCUGAAGAAGAGGAAGAAGAAUCAGAUGAAGAAUUUAUGAGUGCUCAUUCGGAUCUCAGCCCUUUCAUCACAGUCUGGACGGAGAAAAUUCAUAAAUCGCCUCAGAAUGAACCGAACAUUCCUCCUUCCCCACGUACAUCCCCAGUCCUUUCGUAUACCCACCAGUCGGAAGACCACAUUGUCCCACUCUGUCUGACAAUAGCGAAUGACAGCAAUCUGGUGAGGGGAGAUUUGGAGAGGGCGGAGAAUCCAAACCCAAGUGUGAUGUCGGAUGAAACAGCGAUGCCGAACAUGAGUGUGAACACUCACCAAAUUCUACACGACACGACGAUGACCUUCAUCCCAUCCGAUCCCAUUGCCUCUACUUCGAAAAUCAAUUUGAACAUGUUAGGAACGAGUGAAAGUUGUUCCAGAGUCAAUAACGGUUUCAACACGUUUGCGUCCAUUGGUUUCCCUACAUCCAAUUCGAUAGCGAGUACGAGCAUGGUAGGAUUUAGACCUUUGUACCAAGGAAAUUCCAGUCGGACUUUGAUGGACACAUCUUCAACUCUGGCCACUAUGACUCAAGCGGGGAGUAUGGCAUUUCCUAAGGGUAUCAGUAGUCAAACAUUACUUUCUGCCAACGCCGCACCUUUCCUUCCAUCUGUAUCUCGUUCGAAUUCCGAAGACGCUCGGAUAAAUCCACAAUCCAAUUGGAACUUUGUCCAUACAGCAGAAGCGGCACCCGAUGACUAUGCGCAGCGUCUGGGGACGAGCACGAAUACAAAUGUGUCAUCUUUCAAUAACCUCCAAAACAUGGUGACUGGCUUUGGAGUCAAUUCGUACCGGACGAAACAGGCAUACCACAUGCCGAACCGAUUAUCUAUCAGUAGACUUCCACCGAGAUUUCAACCUACUCAGAUGGCACAAUUCCAAGUUCUAUCAGACCCUUCCCUUCCUCCUCAAUCAGCAACUGAGAAUGGACAAGCGCCAUCAAGACCUUCAUAUCUCGAAUGGUCCAAUGGAGGUGAUGGAGAUGAAGGAGACUUAGAUAUCAACCAAGCCGAUUUUUACAAAUCACCAGGUCGUACGUCGAUAUGGACACCACGGAACAGCGAGCUCGACCGAUUAGGUAUGAAGAGAUGGUUGAGGAAGGUCGGUUGGUCUUUAGGAGGUUUGCCUCUCCCUGGCGAACCACUGAAAGAGGGAGAGGUCUCAUCUUUACCUACGGGAUAUAUCGGCGUAGUCAUGGAUUAUGAACGCAAAUGGAUGGCAGGGGUUAUCCGAGAAGAGUUGAGGAGAAGUGAAGCGGCACAGGGACGGGUGUGGGAGGAUGAAGAUGGUAAAGAUACGGUGGUCAAUGGACUCAGUCUGGUGAUGGGACGCUGGUGGUGA